CGAAGAUAUGAGAUCGUGGAACUCUUGUUGUCAAUCAUUUUGUUUCGCAUCAGGGAGGUUGGUUGCACCUUUACCGUACUCUCAUUAUUCCCAUAAUUCCAAUCAAGGCCGAUGUGAAAACCUAAGUCAACGUCGUUUCUUCCCUCUUCGGCCCCUUUAUUUCUGCACGAACGUCUCCAGUCUAGUAUAGGGCAAAGUCCAGUAUUGAGCUCAGACAUUAGAAAGGCCAAGGACUGAAGGAGGUUCAAUACGAUCAACUUUUCCUGAUCUUUCCUGUUUCAAGUGGUCGAACAUCGCCGUCACAAAAGAGUCCGAUUCAGUACGAUGCCUAAGGAUCUGACUUACGUGGUGACGGGUGGAUAUGGGUUUGUCGGGCUCCGGAUCGUGAAGAUGUUAGCAGAGAAGGGAACUAACAUCCGGGAAAUUAGAGUGGUUGGCAGGAACACGCGAAACUUUCAGCCGCCCGACGUGGGAGAUAAAGAAAUCAACGUCUAUGCCAUGGCCGGGGAUGUAAGGGACCCUGUGCGCAUGUCAGAAAUCUGCACAGACGCAGAUGUCGUCAUCCAUACAGCGGCAGUGGUCGAUUUUCUGGGAUCGAUGAGUGACGACAUCCAAUGGGAUAUCAAUGUGAACGGAACGGAAAACCUCCUGCAGUGCUGUGAGAACGCAGACGUUCCAUGUUUCGUCUACACGAGCGACACGGCGGUCAUUGGUCCAAACUCUCGCGGUGAUCCCAUAGAGAAUGGCGACGAGAACACUCCUUACGACACCUCUCGUCCACUCAUGACCUACAACAGGACCAAGGCUGCUGCGGAGAAGGCCGUUCUCCGCAAGAACGGACGCAAAACUAAGCACGGGAAAACACUUCACACUUGCAUUCUACGGCUUGGCUCACUGUUUGGCGAGGGUGAGAUGCCUGUAAUCAAACAUAUUCUGGACAACGGGAUCGACCUCUUCGCCAAGUCCCAGCCACGAGUGGGUAGGAAAGCCACCAAGUCACGCCUGACCUACACAGGGAACGUGGCCUGGGCUCAUCUUCUGGCCGCAAAAAGACUUCUGCAGUCACCAGAAACCGUCGGCGGCGAGGUCUUCUUUGUCGCUGACGACACUCCCGUUGGGAGCGAUUCCUGUAUUCACAACGCCAUCUUCAAUCCUUGCGGAAUCCGUUGGGAUGACAACCUCGUGCUUCCUCUCUGGCUUCUCUAUUUCAUUGCUUUCAUCUUAAAGUGGCUUAGCAUUCUCAUGAAACCUUUCUACAACUUUGUUCCGCCGCUAAACCGCGAGAUUCUGAUUCUUGUCAACACUAAUUUCUUCUUCAGCUACAAGAAGGCCACCAGGCUUCUUGGCUACAAACCGCUGUUCACGUGGGAAGAGGCCAGGGAGAAGACGGCCGCAUGGUUCGUGGACUGGAAGGCAAGAGGUGCUACGUUUCAAAGUGAUCAUAUUACGCUAUAGGUGCUACAAUAACCUUUCAUACCAUUUAACUACAAAUUGGUGUAAAGGUGAUGAAAUUUAACUGAACGUCUUCGUAACUGUCCGUUCGGUUCCAAGUGUUGCAGUUUGUAGCUGUCCCGAUGAAUGUCGCUACAGCACCACAGAUCAGAGUUUGUCAUGGUGCCCAUAGCUUGCACGAAUGCAUAACUUCAGCACAAUCUUACCACAAAGUUACCGGAAUCGUGUAGUAGCCCAUACAGUUGCAGAGAGCAUUCAUAAUCAAAAACACGAUUGAAAACAUACACUGAUAAUUCAACACAAGUUCACCUAGUUUUGAAGCUGUUGACUGUAUACAUCGUAUAUAACUAAUUGUGAUUAGCCCACUCGAUUGUAACACUUUAUCAAAGACUUGUGCUAUCCCUUAUUAUUUAAAUAAUUAUGAUAUAGAUAUGUUAGGUUUUAUUCGACAUUAGGUCUUAUUCAACACACUUAUUUCAUUGUUGUUACUCUCUUUAUGUAGUUUGCCAUACAUUGUACAGAUGUGCAAUUGUCGUGCAAUAAAGUUCUUCUUCUAUAACCAUAGUGUUCCGUCACAGUGUUCCGUCAUGUUGUGUGGGGAGGCGUAUUCAAUCUUAAGUAGCGUUGUAAAGAAUGUAGACGUUAUCAUCUUAUUUAGGGACAUAACUUAAUAAUUCUGAUUUGUAACUGAUUUUCUUCAGUUCGUUCUAGUUCUGCUCGAAGAUGUAAAACGUGAGUGUGAUCCCUUGCCCGCAGUAUUAUCAGCAGCACUACAUUAGUAAUUGAU